GAGGGGAGGGGAGAGAUGAAGAUGGUCUGAACAGAUAACCUAUUGGUGAUUUUUACCCUCAAAGAGAACAGAAGGGAAGAGCUACAGCUGGAAGAGAUGCAGUGACUGUCAAGAAGGCAUCUUAGAUGGGCAGCUUUGAUGGGUACCUUUCCCACCACUGGGGCAGAGGAGAUGUUCUUGGGAGCUAAUGAACAUCUCUAGAGACUAAUGCUUGUAUGUAUGAGAGUCCGAAUUCUACAUGAACUUACUAAUGGACUUUUCAGGGAUUUAUUUGUUUGAGUGGUAGCCACACACUUGUGGGUAUUCCUCCAACUCUUCUCCUGAGUGGGACAACGCCAGCGCUGAGGACCAUAAACACAGGCAUGUGGGAGUUUGUGAAGGGCCUGGGUGAAUUUGUACAACAUCCAUUUCAGAACAAUUUAGCCCAUGCCAUGGUUAGCACUUAGAGAAAUGAUUAUGCCUCAUCUUUUCUUUUCACUUUCUUCCAUUAAAAAAAAAAUUAAAUUUUGAAUUUUCUCCUUGUUCUUUAUAUUGAGAACCAUAUAUAUACCAUUGACUUCAUAUCCUCCAAAUUUAGAAAGCAAGCUCUAUUUUCCAUCCCCUGAAACAGUGAGCUCUGCAAAGCUAAAUGGGAUCCUUUGAUCCAGAGACCAUUGCCACGUGCAUAGCUGAGUCUCUGGUAUUAGAGGGAGAGAACCCAGAGAUCUAGAGCCAGCGUGAGACCCCCUGGUAUGGGGAGACUGCAACCUGCAGAGGAGCCAUCUGGAUCUGAAUUUGGCCCCUCCUCAAUGUCCUCUUGGCCUUGAGUGCAGAAUGGAAUGUGCAUAGCUAAUCAAGUGCUGUGGCUAAGCCUGGCAGUAAUAAUUUAAAGCUAGGCCCUCACUCUGUGGUAUGCCCAGAACUCGCUGUCUUGCCAUAUUGUUCCUUUCCCAAUGUCCAAAAGGCCUGUAAACAACAAGAAUUCCUUUUCCUAUAGUUGGUUCUUUGCCUUAGUUCACCACAUCAGAAGCCCUGCCCUGUGAGGUCAAGGGCAAGCCAUGGUCACCUGCCUUGUAAAGCCACCCCCACUCCACCACCAGGCUAAGCUGCCCUUGCUGAGGCUGCCCACCAUCUGCUUGUGGUGUGAGGCCUCGUCCUGCUUGUCCCAGCCUCAUGCCUGCAUGCCUGACACAUAAAAGAGCCACUUGGUGGUGGCAAGACUGCGCUACCUGAGCCAGUUACCAAAGCAAAAUUGCACCAGAGCUGCUCACCAGGCCAUGGCAAAACCAGCUCUGGGCUAUAAAAGCUAACUGUGGCAUCAAACAGUUUGCCAUAAAUCACCAAGGUAAGACAGAUGGCUCACGUUUACAGUCCAGCCUGGGCCAGAAGCCUCCCUCUUCAGGAGUUAUUUUGUUCUUUAAAUGCCAUGUCCAGGAGAUAGUCUGCCAGAUGUUGGGACUUUAGGUAAGAGCAACAGAGACCUUUUCCUCCAACCCAGGGUUUGAACCACUUGGAGAGUUGGAAACAGAAGUAAGGCAAGUGGAGACUGAACUUCAGUACUGACUUAGAGGUCAUGUGUUUGUUCUGUGGGCAGUUGGGCGUCCACGUACGAACUCUGAUCAGGAGCCUUCCAACCCAGCAGGCUGAACUGGGGCAGCUCUUCCCACACAGGCUCAGAGCUUGCAUGUGUCAACUCAAGGCAUUAGGAAGUAAAGCAAAAACACAGGCCACCUGUGGGCAGGAUGAGCAAAAGAGUGUGGCUGUGUUUUUCUGGUUUUCCCUCAAACUCUUGCCGACCUGACUCUUGAUUCCUGCCCGAAGGAGCAGUGCAUGACAGGGGCUGGGUAGAGUCCAGGAGCUCUCGGGGAGGGGGGCCCCAGAAAGACAGACGCAAACAUCAGGACUGGUGAGGAAAUACUCCCCACAGGGCCCCACCCUUGUCCUAGCAACUCCUUCCUGAAGUCAUAGCAGGAGGCCAAGUAUUUGUUACAGAGACGGAAGUCCUUAAUGCCAGUGGCUUAGUGCUUGUCGUCACAGUGGACAACCAUAUAACUGCAGCUGGACACAUGUCCCAUCAAUUGGCAUUUGCCUAGUGUUCGCAUGUGCCCAGAGCCACAUUAGGUCCUAAGAGAUGACAAAGAAGCAAAUGGACGCUGUGCAGGGUGGGUGGGGACAGUCUUUCUAUUCAUGAGGUUUAGAGGAUUGUUGGUAACUCACAGCCACCAUGGGAAAUUGGAGGUACACUGAAGGGAUUCAAGAAGUUUCUAGAAUUACUUUGUUGUGAGCCAUAUUGGUUUUUAGCCUUAGGGUGACUGGUUUCCUAGAUUUCCUGCCUAAAGAAAAAGUAUAUUUCCUUUCUCAGUGUGUCCCCGGUGAGGAGAGGAGGGGGCUUCUCCUGGUAAGACAGAGUGGGAAAGUGACCUCAUGAGCUCACGGCUCGGCUGCCUCCCCCACCUCUCUCUCUCCGUGGAAGAACACAGUUCGCCUGUGUUGGGGUCUGUUGGAGGAAGGACAUUCGUAGGAGCUGGGAAGGGUGGGGCUGACCUCAUGGGCAGGACAUUACUCUCCUUCCUCUUCCUGACCACGUUUCUCACAGCAGUCGGGUCAUUGCUCAGCUUCCUGUGGGGGAAAACCUGCCACACAGAGCGUCCACCUGCUUCUACUGGCCAGCUCUGGACAGCAGAGUGCUGGCUGCCGAACCCGGGAACACACACAGGCACCUCUUCAGUAGCAUUCAGGGCCUGAGACAUCGGAAGCAAAGAUGGAGCCGUUCUCUGUGGAAUAGGAGGCUCGGGACACAGUGGCCAUCACAAAUUGUGUUCUGGGCCCAAACAUGACCAGCAGAUGGGCACCGGAUGCGUCUUGAAGCAGCAUCAGCUGUGACAGAAGAUCCCGAUCCUGAAACAACAGCUGAAGGAUCCCUGUCCCCAGAACCAAAGACCAUGGAGCUCUCUGACAGUGACAGACCCAUCAGCUUUGGCUCCACCUCAUCCUCAGCCUCUUCCCGCGACAGCCAUGGCUCCUUUGGCAGCAGAAUGACCUUGGUUUCAAAUAGCCACUUGGGCUUAUUUCACCAGGAUAAGGAAGCAGGGGCCAUAAAGCUGGAGCUGGUUCCAGCACGGCCGUUUUCCAGCAGCGAGCUGCAGAGGGACACCCCUGCUGGGCCUCAGAACAUGGACGAGAGCAGUGAGAGGCAGCCCAGGACCCCAUGGAGAGUGGACACAAAUGGGGCGUCCAAAACCACGGCAGACACAGCCACCAGCCCCAAGCUCCUCUAUGUGGAUAGGGUUGUGCAGGAGAUUCUAGAGACGGAAAGGACUUACGUGCAAGAUUUGAAAAGCAUCGUGGAGGAUUACCUCGACUGUAUCAGGGACCAAGCAAAACUUCCCCUGGGGACUGAAGACAGAGCCGCCCUUUUUGGAAAUAUACAGGACAUCUAUCACUUCAAUAGUGAACUUCUGCAAGAUUUGGAAAACUGUGAAAAUGAUCCUGUGGCCAUCGCGGAAUGUUUUGUGUCCAAGAGUGAAGAGUUCCACAUUUACACCCAGUAUUGCACCAACUACCCAAGGUCAGUGGCCGUGCUAACCGAGUGCAUGAGGAACAAGAUGCUGGCCAAGUUCUUCCGGGAACGCCAGGAAACUCUGAAACACUCGCUGCCUCUGGGGUCCUAUCUCCUGAAACCAGUUCAGCGGAUUCUCAAGUAUCAUCUCCUUUUGCAUGAAAUAGAAAACCACCUUGACAAGGACACAGAUGGCUACGAUGUGGUGCUUGAUGCUAUAGACACUAUGCAGCGCGUGGCCUGGCACAUCAAUGACAUGAAGCGGAAACACGAACAUGCGGUCCGGUUACAGGAGAUACAGAGUUUGCUCACAAACUGGAAGGGGCCAGACCUCACCAGCUAUGGGGAACUGGUGCUCGAGGGAACCUUCCGUCUCCAGCGGGCCAAGAAUGAGCGGACGCUCUUCCUCCUUGACAAGCUGCUUCUCAUCACCAAGAAGAGGGACGACACCUUUACAUACAAAGCUCACAUCCUGUGUGGCAACCUCAUGCUCGUGGAGGUGAUCCCCAAGGAGCCACUCAGCUUCAGCGUCUUCCACUACAAGAACCCCAAGCUGCAGCACACAGUUCAGGCUAAGUCCCAGCAAGACAAGCGGCUCUGGGUUCUGCACCUGAAGAGACUGAUCCUGGAGAACCAUGCGGCAAAGAUUCCAGCUAAGGCCAAGCAAGCAAUACUUGAAAUGGAUGCCAUUCAUCAUCCAGGCUUCUGUUACAGCCCUGAGGGAGAGACAAAAGCAUCCUGUGGCUCUAGAGAAGGUUCUACACCCUAUCGGCUCAGAAGAAAAUCUGAACCUUCCUCAAGAUCACAUAAAGUUUUGAAGACCAGCGAAACAGUACAAGACAUCCGAAAGGUGUCUAGAGAGGAAGACUCUCCCCAACGGACUUCUGCAGGGCCUUCUCCUGCCCAGAGGAACAGCCAACCAGGCAGUUCUGCUGUGAGCAGCGUGCUUCGUGGGGGUGGCACCAUCAGAAACAUCUGGACCGAUCACCAGAUCCGGCAGGCCUUGUUUCCCAGCCGCCGGUCCCCCCAGGAGCACGAGGAUGAUGAAGAUGAUUACCAGAUGUUCGUGCCAUCCUUUUCUUCCUCGAACUUGAACUCUGCCCAACUGUGUGAAGAGAGCACUUCAAGUCGCCCUUGCAGCUGGCAUAUGGGACAGAUGGAGUUCUCAGAGGUUUCCAGCUCUGGCCACAGGAUUGUCCGGAGGGCCAGCAGUGCCGGUGAGAGCAACACGUGCCCGACUGAAAUAAGAAGGAGGGACAGCAGUGGCUCUCAGUAUAGUCCCCGAAGGGAACUGCAGAUCGGCCCACAAAGAGAAGGGCAGGAAGGGAUGACUCCCUUUGGGUCAUCUGUAGAGUUGACAAUUGAUGAUAUAGACCAUGUCUAUGAUAACAUAAGUUAUGAGGACUUGAAAUUAAUGGUUGCUAAACGGGAAGAAGCUGAAUUCACUCCCUCCAAAUCAGCCAAGGACUCCGUUCGUCCCAAGAGCACCCCAGAGUUAGCCUUCUCAAAGAGGCAACCUGGCCAUAGUACCAGUUCCCUACACACCAAAAGAAAUGGAGUGCUCACCAGUCAAGAGGCAUCUCAUCAAAGCACUCAGGAGCUCCAGGUGGUAGAGGAAAACAUUUAUGACACUAUCGGGCUCCCAGACCCACCACCUCCAGAUUUCAAAAGCAACAGCCUUAAGCGGCCCAAGAGGAGCACCUUUUUGGGUUUGGAAGCUGACUUUGCAUGUUGUGACAGCCUGAGGCCAUUUGUUUCCCAAGAUAGCCUCCAGUUCAGUGAGGAUGAUGCGCCUUACCACCAGGGGCCCCCCGACAAUGACUAUUUGAGUUUGCUGUACAACUCCUCCAACUGCAACUUGUCUGUAGCAGAUAAGGCUCUGUCUGAUAAACUGUCUGAAGAGGUAGAUGAAAUAUGGAAUGACUUGGAAAAUUACAUCAAGAAAAAUGAAGACAAAGCUAGAGACCGUCUCCUGGCAGCAUUUCCUGUAAGUAAAGAUGAUGUCCAAGACAGGCUGCAUGCAGAGAGCACCCCAGAACUGCACAGAGACCCCGGGCAUUCCACAUCCACUCUGUCCCUCCCUGAGAGCCAGGCUUUCCUCACACCUCUGAAAAGCAGGGCCGGCAGAGCUAGCCGGGCCAACUACCCACUUGAAGAAGACCUGAUUUCUACAGAAGGCUCCUUUGUGAGUCUUAACCGACUCUCCUUGGCCAGCGAAAUGCCCCCGGUGGACAGCCCCUACGACUCAGCCAACAGCAGCCUGCCCCAGACAGACCCCGAAACCCCUGAUCCUGGGAUGGAUGUCACAGAUAAGACAAAAAGCAGGGUCUUUAUGAUGGCGAGGCAGUACAGCCAGAAGAUCAAGAAGGCAAAUCAGCUUUUAAAAGUGAGAAGUCCAGAGUUGGAGCAGCCGCCAUCCAGUCAGCAUAAAUCCACCCACAAAGACCUGGCAGCCAUCCUGGAGGAGAAGAAGCAGGGUGGGCCUGCUAUUGGUGCCAGGAUUGCUGAGUAUUCCCAACUGUAUGACCAGAUUGUCUUCAGGGAGACGCCCCUUAAAAUUCAGAAGGAUGGCUGGGCCAGCACACAGGAACCGUCCCUCCUCAGGGCUGCCUCACCUUCCCAGGGCCAACAUGGUGGCGAGGAUUGGCUCUUGCAUUCAACUUAUAGUAAUGGAGAGUUAGCAGAUUUCUGUCCCCGGCCAGAGCAAGACUUGAGGUCAAAGUAUCCCACUUUAGAUAUUGGUACCAAAAGUACCCCAAGACAGUUGUCUGCAGCUUGCUCUGUGCCUUCUCUUCAAAUCUCUGACCCUCUCCUGGGCUCCAUGCAGAGAUGCAGUGUGGUAGUAAGUCAGCCCCACAAAGAGAACUCAUGUCAGGGCCAUCUUUACAACUCGCUGGGUCGGAAAGGAAUCAGUGCUAAAUCCCAGCCUUACAACAGGUCCCAGUCUUCUUCCUCCAUCUUGAUAAACAAAUCAAUGGACUCCAUCAAUUACCCCAGCGAGAUGGGAAAGAAACAGCUGCUGUCCUUACACCAAAAUGCACGGUGUGAGAGCCACCAGGAUUUGCUGCCAGGUACAGCUGAUUCUUGUCAGCAGGGUGCUGAAAAAUGCUCUGACCUCACACUCCAAGACUCACAGAAAGUUCUGGUAGUAAAUAGAAAUUUACCUUUAAACGCCCACCUAGCCACACAGAACUAUUUUUCCAAUUUCAAAGAGACUGAAGAUGAAGAUGACUAUGUGGAAAUAAAGUCUGAAGAAGACGAGGUGGAGUUGGAGCUAUUGCAGAGUCGCAGAAGGAAAUCUGACUCCAAGAUCGCGGAUGCCGACUUCUCUGAUAAUGUCUGCAGCAACAACCCACCUUACUCCUUGAAUAGUCCAUGCACUCCAAAAGAGCCCAUAAACAGCAAACUUGGGCUUUCACCGUAUCUGACAGCAUACAGUGAUUCUGACAAACUGAAUGACUACCUUUGGAGGGGGCCGUCUCCCAAUCAACAAAACAUUGUCCAGUCUCUAAGGGAAAAAUUUCAGUGUCUUAGUUCAAGUAGCUUUGCCUAAGGCUUCUCAGUAAUAGCUGCCUGAAUUAACUUCCUCUUACACUCAUAAAUCACAGAUACUGAUAGGUUUUGUAUGUAUCAGAUUAAAACAAUUUUGUAAUAACCAGAGGUGUAAAAUAUACUUUCUUUUACAGCACAACUUUUUGAGCCGGCUGACCCUACAGCCAGGAUUAUACUUUAGUAAGUGUCAGCAUUGAAUAAUAUCUUCUUCUCAGAUGCUGAUUGUCUUCACUUUCAUGUAAGUCAAUCUUACUUGAAAUUUUUUAGGCUUUUUGGGUAACGUAUUUUUUCCAUAUCCUGACAAUAGUGCCCACACUUGAAGAAAUGCAGUAACCCUCUCAAAACCUACAACACAAAGGCAGCAAGGAGACUUUUUCAUAUUUUGAAAGAAAGGAACUAUAGCACUGUUUAAAGAAUUAUGCUUGUAGCUGACAUUUUGUUACAGUUGUGACAAGACCCUGGAAUAACUUACGCCAGAGAUCUCUAGUUAGAACAUAGUCGUGAUGCCUAUUUUAGGAUUUCCAUGCUGGCAUUCCUGUGUCAUUUCAUUUCAACUCAGAAAUUGUGUGACCAUUGAAAACUAAAAUGUAGAAGGACCAAUUCACUGUAAGUAAAAGCCUUUACCUGUAUUUCUGGACAAGUCCUGAUGAAUGUGCUACUGAUCAUGUUAAUGAUACGAUUUCUGGGAUGAAAUGAAUGAUUUCCUUCAUGGCUUAAAGAAAACGAAUUCACUAAAUCGUAAACUAACUUACUAUUAGAAAGAUGGAAAGACUCAGGGGGAACAACUUGGUUAUCCAUUCAUAUUAUAGUUGAAAUAGGGACAGUUUGACCAAAAAAAACCUAUGAUGUCAUUGUGUGUGCCUAACUCUAAUUAGGGAGAAAUAAACCAUAAGCUAAAAAUCAGACAAAGCACAUUAAAAUCACCCUUCCAGAGCAUUGUUCCAUAGGCAACUUCUUGAGUUUUUACUCUGCCAGUGACCUGCUAGAUCCUACCCCAAGGAGUCAUUGCUAAAAAGAAAGGGCAAGAACUUAUUUUCUAAACAGUACAUAACAUGUUUUCAUUAUUUCAAGGCAUAUGAAAGAACAGUCUUUGGUUACUGGGUUCUGGAUAAUAACAUCUUUUAUGCUAUAAUUGUGCUUUAUGAAGCAUUUCAUUAUGAUAUUAAAUACAAAUUUAACUCCUUUUGGAAGAAACAAAACACCAAAAGCAUCACAUUGUAAAUAAAAAGCAAAAAUCAAAGAAGGCCGAUUUAUUGGUACUUUAUAAAAAUAUUCUAUUUUCUUGAUUGCAUGAAUGCAAUGAGGAUAUUUCCUUGCAAUGCCCUUUAUAUUCUCAAUUUCAGCAUUUAUACAUUCUGUGGCCUUUCUUCACCCUCUGUUUCCUUUAUAAUUUUAUUUUCUCAUUAUUCUAAUUAAAAGCCAGUCAUUUCCAUUUUAAAAGAUACACUGAUAUGUGUGUGUGUGGCCUUUUCACUUGAAGGAAAGCACUAAUUAAAUCAGUGACAUCUUCCCAUAACUCUUUUCCUCUUUUUAAGUCCUGUCUCUGUUAACUUAAAACAUAAAAUGUAAACAUCCUCAUUUUAUAAAUAGGUACCUAGAGCAUUUUUUCCACUUUAAACAACAACAAAACACCAGGUCUCUUGUUCUUCAAGCAUUUCUGUCUUCUUGUAGCUCAUAAAGUGAAGUCCAGGGGUGGGGUGUGGCUCUGUGGCAGGCUUCCAGCGCGCAUGAGGCUCUGCGAUUGAUCCCCAGCCCUGCCAAAGGUGGAGGGAAAGUCCAUAUUAAACAGCAUGAUUCUGGAAACAUUCCUUCUUUGAUUGAUUUUAUUUAAACCUGAUGUGAGUUUUCAAGAUUAAGCAGCAUCCAAAAGACAAGCACUGAAGAAAGUUCUUUCUUAGACUUCCUAGAGGUGUAGUGCAUUUAUAUCACCUAUUUUUUAAAAAAGCAAAACACAAAGUUACCUGACUCUUAUCCAGGAAUGCAGCCUUCCAUUUUUGUGUUUUUGUCUCUCUGAACCAAAUUCUCCAAGGUCCACAGUACUAUUGUGCCUAAGUCUCAGAAUCAUUCAUUGUUCACACCAGUGUCUCGUUACACAGCUUUGAUGUCACCUAUACGAACACACUCUACUGCAUGAAAGUGGAUGUUUCACUGUACGACGUGUCUAUGUGGUCCUUUGGAUUCUAAGACAAAUCUGUAGUUUUAUAGAUCACUCCCGUGGGCCAGAAUGACGAUUUUGUCAGCUGUAUGUAAAUACAUAGUCAUAUUGGUCUGUUUCCCCAAAAUUAUCAAUUAAGUGCUUUUGUAGUUUGUUUUGGAGGUGGGUGGGGAUGUAUAUAACUGGGAGGAAAAAGUUAUCUGUACUUAAAGGUUCUUAUUAGGUUCCUGUAUGGAAGGGUCAAUUUUUUUUAUAAGUUUACUUUUCACCGACUUUAUUCUUUUUUUUUUUUUUGGGGGGGGGGGAUGCAUCUAGGAAAACAGUUAAAUACUGUAUAUAAGAUAAUGAAAGUUAGUAAUGCCCACUAUUUAAUAAAGUUUGUCAAGUGUAAAGUAAA